UUUUUUAACUUUGAAAGAUUUUCAUUUACAAAAAUUGUUUCAACCCUUUUACGCUAAUUUACGCUUGCAAAAACUUUUUAAAAACAAAACUAAAAUAUCGCUUAGGAAAGUUGAAUCAACAGGAAAUAUGCAAGUGUUUUGGUGUUCAUUGACUCUAAAGACAAUUUGUAAAAAAUUGAAUAAUCAACUGUUUUAAAUUUACACAGCGUGACGAGAGGCAGCGAGGAGUUUUUGGAAAUACUUACACAAAUCUCCGUUGGCGUUUUAUAAUCGUACAACUAUGAGUUGUUGGGAAGAAGGAGAAAAAGACAAGAAAAUAUUGAAGCGAAGUCAAGUUACAUAUAACGAAUACCUGAAGAUUCCUGAACUUAUUAACCUACAAGUUCCUCUUAGUGAAGCUAAUGGGAAUAAUCUGAUUCAUGAUGAAAAUUUAUUCAUUAUUAUACACCAAACAUAUGAGUUGUGGUUUAAGUUGAUCAUAAUUGAAUUGGAUUCAGUGCGAGAGCUGUUGAUGCAAGCACAACUUGAUGAAGGAAAUACCUUAACUAUUGUGUCAAGGUUGAAUCGAAUUGUUAAAACACAGAAGAUCCUUGUGGACCAAAUAGAAGUUCUUGAGACAAUGACAGCUCAGGAUUUUGAUAAGUUUAGAACCUACAUUUCUCCUGCAUCAGGAUUUCAAAGCUGGCAAUUUCGUCUAAUUGAGAACAAACUUGGAGUUUGCAAGGAGAAGAGAAUCAAGCACAAUAACAACAAUUACAGCGAAGCUGAGGGUCUGACAGCAACGGAAAAGAAUAAAAUCAAAAUAUCAGAAAAUGAGUUAUCUUUGCUCAGUCUUGUUGAUAAUUGGUUGAGCCGAACUCCUGGACUUGAACUGAAUGGUUUUAACUUUACGGGAAAAUUCAAAAGGCUGUCAGCAAUUGGUUGAAUGAUAGAAGACGAGGCUAAUUUGGAAGAGUGUGAUGAAGUUAAAGAUAUGUUGUUGAAUCAUUUAAAAUCUAAAAGAGAUGUUUUUGACUACCUGUUUGAUGAAGAAAAGCACACGAAAUUGAAAAAAAAUGGAGACAAACGGCUCUCUUACCAAGGUUUUCAAGGAGCUCUUUUCAUAUAUUUUUAUCGUGAUGAGCCAAGAUUUCAUCAACCAUUUCAAAUUCUUUCAUUGCUCAUGGAUCUUGAUUCUCUACUCAUUAAAUGGCGAUACAACCAUGCCAUAAUGGUUAAUCGUAUGAUUGGUGGAAAAAUUGGAACUGGUGGUUCUUCUGGCUACCAUUAUCUACUUGCUACAGCAAGCGAUCGAUAUAAAGUGUUCCUAGAUUUAUUUGAUUUGGCCACAUUCAUCAUUCCUCAAGAAUAUAUGCCUAAGUUGGAUGACUCAAUGAAAAGAUGUUUGUCAAUUUUCACUGAAACUAUAGAAAGUCCACGUGAAGAUGUGGUGAACUCCAUUUGCUGUGGAGAAACUGCUCAAAGUUCACUAACUAAAUGAAACAUUGCUCAUUUUUUAUGAGCAAUACAGUCUUGUCGUUGCCUUAAAAGUUGGUAGCUUCAAGCUGUGACUAACGUCAGUUUGCAACACUACUGCUUGGAUGUAAAAAUUUUUCUUAAAAUGGGAGCAAUAUAAUCGUUUCAUAAUACACGGCGUGCAAAUAAAUAAAAUGAUUGAAAUGCUCUCGCACAUUUCAAUUCAUUCAUGUAUUUAGUUUAGUCAUUUUGUGUUUCUCGACCAUUAUUUUUACUGUAAUUCAAUAUAGGUCUAAUCCAGUUUGAAAAAUAAAUUUAACAAAUGGUUUC